AUGCCUAGCAGCAGUCAAAAUUCAGCACCACCUCUGGUGAACAGAUUGUCUCAGUUUCUACUAUCCCCCCCAGCAACUGCUUCCAACCUGAUCCAGAGGAACCUGGAGACCCCUAGUUGGAGGUCACUGGGUCUUUAUGAAGUGAAAGGAUUUAUCAAUGAAAAGGACUGCAUCUACAAGCUGAGCCGUCUCUUUUGCAGCUUAGCAGCUUUCAUGCUUGAAAUACUUAUUGCAAGCACCUUAUCCUGGCGCCUAUGGGAAUUUGACAGCAAUGUUGUGCAGUUUGUGUCCUUUGGCCUGUGGGAAGCAUAUUACCCUCAGCAGUUUAACAUCUCUGGAAAACUAACCAAGAUGCUGGUAUACACCCCUAUUGAUUCAACUUGGAACAUUUCAACUGAAUUUAUGUAUGCACAGAACCUGAUAAUAUCGGCCAUUUUGAUGAAGCCUGUGGUUCUGCUUUUCAGUGUAAUGGCCAUUAAAAUCAGCUGCAUGAAAAACCCACUAGUGGAGAUGCAGAUAUAUUUCUACAAGAUCUCUGCCUUAACUUUGUCUGUUAGCAGCAUGUUCACAUUUGUUUCUGUGAUCUGGAACCACGUGGUAGAUCUUUAUGGCCAAACCACUCUGGACUUUCCAUAUGAUUUUCCUGUUAAGAAAGAAGCUUUAAGAAGCAAACAUUUGACUUUGGUGUUACCAGUAGGCCUCCUUAUAUCCACCAUGUCACUCUUUGGUGUGAUCAUGUUUCUCUCUGAGAUAAGCAAUUUGAAACUACAGCGUCCUGUGAAGGCCAAUGAUGAUUCCAAAAUGGGCCUUCUAGAUGCGUGAAGUGAUAAGUUUUGGAUUUUCAACAUUUCUGAGAAUGGUCUUUUAAGAAGUUUCCUAUUCCUAUAGGGAACUCAUGUUGUUCUCAACUCAUUCUAAAUAAAUUUGUUCUAUUG